CUACUGGGAGAAUAUGACACGUGUGAACUCCGAGCUGUGAACUGUCAGUUUUAAUUUGUAGUUUGUUGUCAAUUGUCAACUGUCAAUAGCACAACUGCAGUUGAUAGUUCUAAAUUUAUUGAAAUUUCGAUUUUCGAAUUUGUCUUGUUGCGUCAUCGAUUAAGAUAACCAUAGACGACAUGGCUGACAAAGUGAUACCAGUCGUGAAGGCUGAAGAAGAACAAGUGGAAGAAGAGGAAUUGGUUGAUCCUCAGACAGAACUUAGGGAAACCUGCUCGCAGAAACCUGAUGCUCAAGCAGCAUGGUCCAAGUACCAGGAAUGCAAUGACCGCGUCAACUCCCGAUCUAACACCCUGGAGACAUGCGAGGAGGAGCUCAUUGACUAUUGCGAAGUUCUUGACAAAUGUGUUAACAAGGACCUGUUCAAAAGGCUAAAGUAGAUCCAAAGUCCACCAAACCCUGUUCUAAUCUGUUCCCCAAAAGUUAAGUAGCCAGUGUGGUUUAGUCUGUUACUAUUUAUUUAAUCUGUAUGAUCAUGGAUGUUUUGUAAAUAAAUCAAUUAUAAUUUAGUUA